UCAACACAAACACAUCAUGUCUUCCCACUUCUCCUCUUACUUCCACCUUCCCUCUUUCUCUUCUUCUAAGCAUUUUCCUUCUCCAUCUUCUUCUACCCCUCUUCUCUACUUCUCCAAAUUCUCUCUGGGUGCUGUGUCGUCCGAGACUAAAGACAAACAAGAGAUAAGAUGCAGAGCUAUAUCCAAACCAAGAACUCAAGAAUAUCCAGAAGUAUUUCAGGGUAGUCUAGCAACGUUAAAGUUGCGUGAGAUUAAUGUGGAAGAUGACAUAGAUGAGGAGCGAGACAUUGGGGUUUUGGUGGCGAAUGAGAUGGAGGAGCGAGUGGGCACUAUCAAAUCGAUAUUGGGUUCAAUGGAAGAUGGAGAGAUUACCAUAUCUGCUUAUGACACAGCUUGGGUUGCUCUGGUGGAAGAUGUUAAUGGAAGUGGUGCCCCUCAAUUUCCGUCGAGUCUAGAAUGGAUAGCAAAAAAUCAACUUGCGGAUGGAUCAUGGGGUGAUAAGGAAUUAUUUUCAGCCCAUGAUCGGAUUAUGAACACGUUGGCUUGUGUUAUUGCAUUAAAAUCAUGGAAUAUGCACCCCGAAAAGUGUGAGAAGGGAAUGACAUAUUUUAAAGAGAACCUUGACAAGCUUCAGAAUGAGAAUGCGGAGCACAUGCCAAUUGGGUUUGAAGUUGCUUUUCCUUCACUUCUUGAUAUGGCUCGUGGUUUGAACAUUGAAGUGCCAGAUAAUUCCCCUAUUCUGAACAAAAUCUUUGCAAUGAGAAAUGUAAAACUCACAAGAAUACCAAGAGAGAUGAUGCAUAAAGUGCCCACAAGUCUGCUCCAUAGCUUGGAAGGGAUGUCAGGCUUGGACUGGAAACAACUUAUAAAACUGCAGUCUCAAGACGGGUCAUUCUUGUUUUCUCCAUCUUCCACCGCCUUUGCUCUCAUGCAAACCAAAGACGAAAAUUGUCUCAAAUACUUGAAUAAAGUGGUCAACAAGUUCAAUGGGGGAGUUCCAAACGUGUAUCCAGUGGAUUUGUUCGAACAUAUUUGGGUGGUGGAUCGGCUGGAGCGCCUCGGAAUAUCGCGGUUUUUUCAGCAAGAGAUCAAAGACUGUUUGAGCUAUGUUUAUAGAUAUUGGACUGAAAAGGGUAUUUGUUGGGCAAGAAAUUCAAAUGUUCGAGACAUUGAUGACACGGCAAUGGGGUUCAGAUUACUAAGAUUACAUGGCCUCCCAGUUUCAGCCGAUGUGUUUAAGCACUUCGAGAGAAAUGGUGAAUUCUUCUGCUUUACGGGGCAGACCACGCAAGCGGUGACGGGAAUGUUCAAUUUGUAUAGGGCUAGUCAAGUAAUGUUUCCUGGGGAGAAAAUUCUUGAACAUGCAAAGCACUUUUCAGGGAAAUUUUUAAGGGAGAAGCGAGUAGCAAAUGAGCUAGUAGAUAAAUGGAUCAUAAUGAAGAACCUGGGAGGAGAGGUAGCUUACGCUUUGGACGUGCCAUGGUAUGCAAGCUUACCUCGAGUGGAAACCAGAUUCUACAUUGACCAAUACGGUGGCGAAAGUGACGUAUGGAUAGGCAAAACCCUUUAUAGGAUGGCCUACGUGAGCAACAAUAAUUAUCUCGAGCUUGCUAAACUAGAUUACAACAUGUGCCAAGCACAGCAUCUGGCAGAGUGGGGGAGAAUUCAAAAAUGGUAUUCAGAAUCUAGAUUGGGAGAGUUUGGAAUGAACAGAAGAACUCUUCUGUUGGCCUAUUUUUUGGCAGCAGCCAGCAUAUUUGAGCCUGAAAAGUCUCAUGUGAGACUUGCUUGGGCCAAAACCACAGCAUUGAUUGAGACAAUCACAUCCUAUGUUAGUGAUGCAGAAAUGAGGAAAGCUUUGGUUAAAAAAUUCAGUAACUGCAUUAACAAGAGAGACUACUCCAUUGGCUGGAGGUUGAGCAGGAAUAAGAGAGGACAUGGACUCGUUGAGACUUUGGUUGCAACCAUAGAUCAGAUUUCAUGGGAUAUACUUGUAUCUCAUGGUCAUGAAAUUGGAUAUGACAUGCGUCGCUGUUGGAAAAAGUGGCUUUCAAGUUGGGAAGGCGAAGGGGACAAAUGUGAAGGACAAGCAGAGCUUUUGGCGCAUAUAAUAAAUCUUAGUGCCGGACAUUGGAUUUCGGAGGAGCAGAUGCUGAAUCCACAUUAUCAGCAUCUGCUUCAACUCACUAACACAAUCUGCCAUAGACUCCGUUGCUAUCAAAAGGACAAGGAACACGAGAGCGGAAGCUGCAGUACGUACGUGAACAGCAUCACCACCUCAGAAGGAGAGUCAAAAAUGCAAGAACUGGUGCAAUUGGUGCUCCAAAAUUCUUCAAGUAGCGUUAAUUUGAACAUCAAAAAUACUUUCCUCGCGGUGGCGAAGAGUUUUUACUAUACAGCUUUCUGUGAUUCAAGGACCAUCAACUUCCAUAUUGCCAAAGUUCUCUUUGAUAAAGUUGUUUGAAUCAAAUUUACAUUCUUGAGUAGAUGUUAGA